AUGGAUCCCUCACAGCAUCACCAACAUCACCACCCCCGAACCCACCACAAGUCGCUGUCACAGCAGCAGUCGUCGUCGUCCCUCUCGAUGACGGCUCGGCCAACUCCUCCGCUGUACACGCACCUCCCCCCUUCCGCCUCCAUGCCUUUGAGGACCGCGAACAGUACUCCCAUGUCUUCUCCAGGCCUCUUCAGCCCUUCGGGCUCUCGACAAAACCUGUACACUUCGGUUUCCGAGAGCAACACCCCAAUCAACCUGGGCGGUAGCCCUCUUCUGCACCCGUUGCAGAUGCACAGAGUCAGAGAAACCCACAAGGCUCUCAUUGACUCAGACACCACUACCGGCCGGAAAACCAUCAACCAGUAUCAGGUGAUUGAGGAGAUUGGCCGGGGCAUGCACGGAAAGGUCAAGCUGGCUCGAAACAUGGAGACCGGCGAGAAUGUGGCCAUCAAGAUCAUUCCGCGAUUUUCUAAGAAACGACGACUCGGUAGGGUCACCGCCAAGUCCCCGCAGGACAAGACCAAGAAGGAAAUCGCCAUUCUCAAGAAGAUCCGACAUGAAAACGUCGUCGCCCUCCUCGAAGUUAUCGACGAUCCGGAACUUAAGAAGAUCUACAUGGUUCUCGAGCACGUCGAACUUGGUGAAGUGGUCUGGCGCAAGAAGGGUCUCCCACAUAUCUGCCAAUUCGAACGGAGACGCAUCGAGCGCGAGAUGCGAGGCGAGCCUCAGACUCCCGAAGAGCAAAAAUACGAGGAGAUUCUCAACCACCGACAGGCACUCAAGAACCUGAAGCGGGCGAGGAUGGCUCAGAACUACAACCCCCAGACAGAUCAUUGGAGCGCCGAGCAUGGUACCGAUGAGCCUAGCAGCAGCCUGGGCAGCCAUUCUCGCAUAUCCUCUCGGGAAGAUUUUGCCUUCAGCGACGAAAUACCAUCUCGCCCUGUUUCGCGUCAGACCUCCCGCGCUGAGUCGAUGGGCCACUCACGGUCUCGGUCUGCCAUCUCAUCUACCCGAGCAAUCGAUGACGACGAGGCUAUCGACUGGGAAGACGAUUUCGAGACCCCUGGUCUCCGUUCAAACCAGUCCUCAAGCAUCGCCCUGGACGGAGCCAUGUACGGUGCCUACUACGAGGAUGGCUUCCGAGGCCGCUCACCCAGUAUGGCCGACUCCAUCAUCUCCCACAUGUCCUCCAUCGACUUCAACCCGCAACAACAGCACGACCCAUUCUCCGAUGAUUUCUCGUACGUUCCCUGCUUCACGUUUACGCAGGCACGGUCCACGUUCCAAGACACCGUUUUGGGAUUGGAGUACCUACACUACCAGGGCGUUGUGCAUCGAGAUAUUAAGCCUGCAAACCUUCUCUGGAGUAAGGAGCACCGAGUUAAGAUAUCCGACUUCGGAGUCUCCUACUUUGGCCGACCCAUUCGCGAUUACGAUUUCGAGACUGUCUCGGAGUCGGAGGCCAGGGAUUUCGAUGACGACCUCGAGCUUGCCAAGACGGUUGGAACCCCUGCGUUCUUCGCCCCGGAACUGUGUUACACCGACAUCGACCAAGCGCAGCCCAGGGUGUCUGAGCAAAUUGAUGUCUGGUCUCUGGGAGUAACGCUGUACUGCCUGAUCUACGCCCGCAUCCCUUUCCUUGCCGAGGAUGAAUUCCAGAUGUUCCGCAAGAUUGCCACCGAGGACGUGUACAUUCCUCGCCGUCGUCUCAAGCCUGUUCACCCUUCAACUUCGCCAACGGUCACGUCUCUCUACAAGCGACAGAACAUUGCACCGUACCGAGACGACAACGAUCUUGACUACGAGGAGGUUGAUAACCUGUUGGUUGACUUGCUCCGCCAGAUGCUCACGAAGAACCCCGAGAAGCGAAUCCGACUACGAGACAUCAAGCGACACCCCUGGGUCGUCCAGAACCUCGAAAACCCAAUUGGGUGGCUCGACGACACCGAUCCCGCGAGACCUUCAUCCGGUCGCAGGAUCCAGGUCGACGAGAGAGAGAUGUCCUCUGCCGUCGUUCCGCUCACCUUUCUUGAGCGUGCCCGUUCGGUUGUUAAGAAGGCCGUGGGCAAGGUCAUGCACCCCCUGGUGGAGCGCAGCGACAGCAGGACACGGCAUCGAGCUACAAGCAGUGCCGCCAGCGAGGCCGGUGAUAGUAUGUAUAACAACGUACCGCCCACGCCUCAUCAGAAUUUUCGUGACCAACGCCGCAAAAGCCUCCGCCCCGACGAUUAUUUUUCAACCGCCAUCCGCGAGGCUGGCUCGACUCCGGAACAUCCCCUCUCCAUCAGCCAGACAGCCAGCACGCAGCCGGGAUCAGUAGUCUACGACCCACUUGCGACAGUGUUGCCGUCCGUCGACACACCCCGAGGACAUUCUCAUGCCCAAAGCGAGACGACUGAGUCACCUUACGACGCUGAAAGGUCCAAUUCUCCUGCUUCUCUCUGGCCGUUUCAUCGACACGCCCAUAGCCAUGGCCACAACCUCGGCCUUGGGAGGGCAACCAACAACUGGCUGCAUCUCGCACCCGCCUUGCCUGUCUCACGGACAACCCCCACAACUCCUAGCUUUUCCCCGCAGAUGGAUGGCUUAGAGGAGAUCAGAAGCGAGACGGCCCGCAAGGCCCGCGACAUGGGAUCAGGAAUGGACGAGAGCUCUCGAGCACGCUCCGUGGACCGCGGGCUCUUUGCCAGCGCGGACAAGCGAGCCGAGCCCCAGGUGGCACUGAGCACUGCAGUCGCCCCCGGCAAACCUUCUCGUUACAACCGGCCUAUCCGAUCCGUCGAUCUCGGUCGGGGCGUGCCGGAACAAGUACUGGGAUCUCCACUCGCCUUGUCUCUCAAGUCGGCCGCUGGGUACCAGCAUAGCCAAGCACACUCCGAUCCCAACUUCCUCAUUCGACCGCUUCCUGUGAUUGACGGUAGGCCACCGACCGCUCACCGUGUCGACAUCACCCCUUUAUCACUUGAGAACUGCAUGGACAAGGCCACCGAUCCCAUCGCCAUCCCAUGCCCGCCCUCACCAGAUACAGAGGAAUGGGAGCGAAACCAAAGCACCCCAUCACGGGGAGAUACCAUGCCGACGACCAAGUCGUCAAGCACCGAGUCGAUGGCGGGCUUUGGAACGCCUCUGACUAGCCCUAGUGAGCUGACAAGCCCAAUCUCUGCGUUGCCCUCGACGGCGAGCACGUCGGAGCGGAUGCUUGCUUUCCAGUCAGACCCAUCCCUACCAGCGUUGCUCAGCGGUGCCAGCUCCGUGUCUGCAGACAUGGAAGCCGAGCUGCUCUGCAAGCCAGGGGUUGUUAGUGCCCACCCAUCGCUCCUCGAAACCACAGACUCUCUUACGCCUCCAGCCAUGAACAAGGAGCCAACCUCUGGCUUCCCUAUCGACCAGGUGUUUGUGAACCCUCCUGCCAUGGAUAGUGGCCCAUUGGCUCUGCACCUGGGAGGGAGCGGCUCUCGGGACUCAGUGACAAGCACCCCUGUGGCUAGACCUGUCGAGGAUGACGACGAUGAUGAUGGCAGUGACGAUGGAAUUCUGCUAAUGGCAAAGGCGAAGAAGAAGCCAAUGCCACCCCCGGCCUCCAUCUCACGGCCUCCAGCCUUUUCUGCGCGGCGGCGUGAUACCAAUAUCAGCAUUGCGAGCACGGAGACGGCCAAGAAGAUUCCCGUACACUACGACGAGGGGACGUCGCACUACGAACAAUGA